AUGGCCAUGUUAGCUUCAAAAACUUCUUUCCCCGCAGGCAUGGGUUCCUCUUCUCACACUCCUGUCGCAUCUCAGCCUGCGAUGCCUCCGCCCCGAAGAACUCCCAUGAUGCCUUCUUCAGGUGCUUAUGGUAGCCCAACAGAGUCCGAAUUCACCGAAAACGACCCAGCCGAAUCCGUCAAGAACUGGGACGAGGAUCAAGUGUGCGAGUACCUGCGAUCCGUCAAAUGCGGCGAAUACGAAAAGAUCUUUCGAAAGAAUCAUAUCAAUGGCGAGAACCUAUUAGAAAUGGACAAGGAUGUCUUGAAAGAAAUGGGUGUCGAAAAGGUCGGCGACCGUGUCCGCCUCUUUCUCAGCAUUAAGAAGCUGAGAACCAGAGCGUACGCCAACGAGAAGAAGCGGAAUCGGGAUUCCUUCGGCGGACUCGACAUUCAGAUCACAGCACCCAACGACUCGCCACGAUUGCACUCGUCGAGAGGCGUUCCUGCAUCAUCUAACAAGCGAUAUUCAAGACAACUAGACUUGCACGGUGCUCUAGACAACGGCAAAACAUCUUCAAGGCCCAAUUCUCCUCUGCCUGGCACCGAUGUUCGGAAUAUGCGGUCUCGAGGAAAAGCAUAUGCCUCCAGCCCUGCUGUAAAUGCUCAAGGGCAAAGGAUUGUAACUACAAACCCGGAUCUUCCGGCAAACCGUCUGGUAACGACCCAUACCAGGAAUAACUCCAGUAUGGACGGUUCACUGAUGGCUGCCUUACCACAGGGUCAAGAAGUUAUCCGCGUUAUAUCGACCGGCGGCGUUACGAAGGUCGUCAAGAUUUCCGGAUGCAAUACUUGCGAGGAGGUCAUGAGGGUCACUCUUCGCAAAUUCGCUCUGCGGGAGGAUCAUGAAAGGAACUACUGUUUCUGGGUCCUGGCUGGCAUCGACCCUGACCCAGGCCAAUGCCGACGACUAGGCGACACGGAGCUCUGGCGCAUUAUCAAGGACCAACGACGACCAGAACGUAACCGAUUGAUAUUGCGGAGAGUUCCCGCAGGUGAGCCAGGCGAGGCAGAGCUGCACCGCGCCGCGGCCAUCGCCAUGGAGGAGGAACAGCAAAAACAUGCUCGAGCGCUCGAAACGGUGGACAAGCGAAGUCAACUCAAGGUUCAGAAGAUGCUUGGGGAAAAGUGGAACGACCAGCUUCAGUCCCCGUUGUCGCCAAUCUCAUAUCAGGAUCGCGAGCGAAACCUGCACAAUGCAGCCAAGGACCUCGAGCGUCCUGCCUCGGAAGUAGAGUCAAGGGCGCCAGCCCGACGUGUAGGAGCGCUUCGACAAUUCGGAGGUCUUCGACCUCCCAGCGAGUUGAUUGCGUCUGAUCUUACAUCCUACUUCCCCGACCAUACUAGAGAGGAUAUUGACCGCACAGCCCGGCUUUCUAUGCGACGGUCAACUCGCUUGAGCAAGGUCAACAGCCGGCUCAGCGUGGCCAGCAACCUCAGUUUUGCUUCCAGCAUCCAAGAUGCACCUCCAAUCCCCACUAUUGCGGACUCCUGGCUCAAUGCUAACACCCAACUCGCCAAGGUGAGAACUCGAGACUCACAUAUCCGGGUUCCUCAAGCCGCGUACAAUCGCGACUCGGUCACCUCGUCAGUUCUCGAUACGCUUCAAGAAGAAUCGUCACUUGAGCCUGACCGCAAGUCUUAUGUCUCGUUCACCGAGAGCGGCUCCGACUCAGCUCCUGUCAGUGUCACUGACCCUGAAGGCAACACCACAGCCACAAGCUACUACGAUGGCGACACCUCAACAGGCUCUGGAUCAUUCCAGGAAAUUCGGCAAGCUUUGACCAACGACGGGGACGACGUAGAUGAGGAGCUACAAAGCUUCUUGGCUGGAGAGUCGUGGGGCGACGACAAAUGGAUGAAGGGUGCGCUCAUCGGUCAAGGGUCAUUCGGCUCCGUCUACCUGGCUUUGCACGCCGUUACGGGCGAGCUCCUUGCCGUGAAGCAGGUCGAGACACCUGCGCCUGGAGCCAACAGCCAAAACGACAAUCGUAAGAAGGGCAUGAUUGAUGCACUCAAGCGAGAAAUAAGUCUUCUUCGCGAUCUUCGUCACCCCAACAUUGUGCAGUAUCUUGGCUGCAGUUCGACAGCUGAUUAUCUUAACAUUUUCCUCGAGUAUGUGCCUGGUGGCUCAGUCCAGACGAUACUCAACUCAUACGGCGCCCUUCCCGAACCGCUAGUGCGCAGUUUUGUGCGGCAGAUUCUGACGGGUCUCUCGUACUUGCACAACCAGGACAUCAUUCACCGUGAUAUCAAGGGCGCCAACAUUCUGGUGGACAACAAGGGAACUAUCAAGAUCUCUGAUUUUGGUAUCUCCAAGAAGCUGGAGGCCUCCAACAUCCUGAACGGCGCCAACAACAACAAGCACCGCCCUUCAUUGCAAGGAUCCGUUUUCUGGAUGGCUCCUGAAGUAGUGAAGCAAACAUCGUACACUCGCAAAGCGGAUAUUUGGUCGCUCGGAUGUUUGGUGGUGGAAAUGAUGACUGGUAGUCACCCAUUCCCCGAUUGUAGUCAGCUGCAGGCUAUCUUCAAGAUUGGGGGCGGGAAAGCGGCCCCUACAAUCCCUGAGCACGCAAGCGAGGCAGCCAAAGAGUUUCUUGCGCAAACGUUUGAAAUUGACCACAACCUACGUCCUAGCGCAGACCAGCUGAUACUCAGCCCCUUCUUGAUCCCUAUCACAUAG